UAUACAUUAAACUAAUUGUAAACAUGUUCACUGUACAAGGCCUAGGAGUUUGGUGUGAACACGGCCUUAUAUUAACAGUUUCUGUAGACCAUUACAUUUAGUUUUGUAAAGGCUUUUGGGUUUUGAUAUUCAACCAAUCAGAUCAAUACACUAUGUUACGGAAAAUGAGACCAAUGCUUUAAGUUUACCGUAUUUUAAUAAAACUGUCGACUCAAACACGUCUCUGUAUUUCAAAAUCGAAACUGGAUGUGAAUGCAAUAUAACACUUUUACAAGAUGGCGACAAUCGUAAAAUGAGAAUUAUAAUGGAAGAGAAAAAGAUCGACAUCAGGACAAUAAUACGUACCGAUUCAAGUAAAAUCCAUAUUAGUUGUCACCACUUUCGCAACGUAUCGGUUUCCAUUCGCUGGAACGAAGAUGGUUUUACAUUAGGAACUGUCAAGUCGAUAAAUAAUACACUUUUCAGGAAAACAGUAAUUUCUUAUACAGGGAAACCUGCUCAUCAAGCUAUCUUUUCAUCAGCUAAGAAAGUAGGGUGGAUACUGUAUGAAGAAAGAAGAACAGAAAAAUGUACAGAUCGUCAGGAAACCCUUUGGAUAGCAGCCUGUCAAGCAAUCGACAGAGAUUGCAACAGCUGUAAAAUUAAUAGUUUUAAACGUGACAUUACCAAAAGUCCAAUUGCUGGAGACAUUAUAAUUGUAACUAAAAGUUCGAUACUUGCUGCAGAUAAUUGCUUUGUGGCAUCAACGUAUCUGAUUUUAUGGCAUGAGAUAAGAGAUGUAUUUCCUCCAGAUCAGUAUUCAUCACAAAGACCCUCACCAACUGCAGUGUAUUUUACAACCCUUAGUGAUAGUGCAUCAUAUACAACAGUUGAAGAAAAAUCGUCACCAACAAGAUUAUUACAAACAACAAGGUCUUUAACACCAAUACACAGUGAACAAGUAUCUGUUACAUCUACAGUUGAAGAAAAAUCGUCACCAACAAGAUUAUUACAAACAACAAGGUCUUUAACACCAAUACACAGUGAACAAGUAUCUGUUACAUCUACAGCUGGCAGUAUGUUAAUCGACGACAACAAGCCUGAUCAAAUAUCAGACAACCAAAAAGUUAUAGGUUUGACUGUUGGAGCAUCUAUAUCUGCUGUUAUUAUUGUCAUUUUACUGACUUGUCUUCUUGUAGUUUUAAGAAGAAGAUCAAUAGAACGGAAAUCAGCAAAAAAGAAUCAAACCGUACAGAACUCUGAAGAUGGAAAUGAUUACACUGGACGUCAGAAUAUUGCCUUACCUAUGCAAGAGGAUUUGUCAGAAUACAAUGAAUUGGUCAUGCGUCGUGAUAGUCAUCAAUAUGGAGAUUUAACAUCUAUGGGAACAAAACUAAACGAGACAACCUAUGAUUAUAUUGACCAUCAUAAACACAAACAAGAAACAGAUAUUUGUAAAACUGAUAAGAUAAACUCUAUACAGGACCCAGGUGAUGAAUUGAUUCAUGAUUAUUCAGUUCUAGACCCAAAUGAGAAAACAUUAAAUACAGUAAAGGUUAUGUCAAAUACUGGCAGGGAUGGCGACACAUAUGCAGUUCUCGAUCCUGAUGAAUCCACUACUUUUUGUUCUGGAACCGACAUCUCUGAUCGAUUAGAUAAACCGUGUUGUAAAUCGAACAAUAAUCACACAAAAGAAUUAACAUGUUCUCAAACUAAGGAUGAAGCCUAUGCAGUCCUUGACCCUAAUAUUACAGGCUUUGAUCGAACUGAAAACGUUUCAAAGAAUGAAUCACCUGAAACUUAUACAGUACUCGAUCCCAGUAUUACUGGAUUUAAUCGUUCUGAUCUUACCAAUACAAACGGGGAUAUGACGAAGAAUCAGGUCAAUAAAAACGGCUUAGUUCAGCCAUUUAAAGAAGAUGGGACGGAUUACGAGUUUGCUAAACCUAUUGAUGAUGAUUUGUCCUCAAAGUCAUGUUUGCCAAGUAACAGACAUCGUACGAAUAGUGGAGGAAGCUAUGGUACUUAUGAAACUGGCAAAACUCACCAACGUCAAGACAUCCAUCAACAGAAUCCCGAAGAAAAUGUUUACAACCGCACUGUUGAUGAUGUAUAUGAUUCGGCUGCUCAUAUAAAAAUGCCAACUUCUCGGGAUGAUACCUACGAUCAUUUCUCUGGAGAGAAGAAAAAUGACUGAUACACCACAAAAAGACUAAACGUUGAUAAAACCUAGAUUUGAUAUGCAAAUCUGAAACUUAUUUAUAUCAACAUAUUUAAAAAUAAUAUAUUUUCCUUAUUAACUAGUAUCAUUAACACUUUAAUAUCACAUACAUUUUCAUCACAUAUGUGUCAAAUCAUUCUUACUACAAGU